AUCCGUUCACCUAUAUCAUUUUUGUACUUGAUGGGCUUGCACAAUCCGCUUCCUUCGUCUCUUAAGAGUGAAUGCAAAAAAGCCGGCAAAAUUCUCGCCAGUUUUGUGGAUCCUAGACAAACGUUUGGGCCUCAAGAGGUUAUCCCGCCUUCCGUCCUUUCUCGUGCGAAAGGUUUGGUCGUCAUGACCGUACUGAAGGCGGGUUUUAUGUUUUCUGGUAGAAUUGGCUCCGGUUUGAUUGUCGCUCGCUUGGACGACGGAACUUGGUCGGCUCCUUCAGCUGUAUGCACAGCAGGAAUGGGCUUUGGUGCUCAAAUUGGCUCGGAAUUAACCGACUUCGUUAUUAUCCUCAAUUCGAAACAGGCCGUACAAACUUUUGCCCGUGUAGGCAGCAUCACACUCGGUGGUAAUCUGUCUGUAGCCGCUGGACCCCUCGGUAGGAAUGCUGAGGCUGGUGGCAGUGCUAGUGCUGGAGGUGUCGCACCCAUCUUCUCAUACAGCAAAACAAAAGGUCUUUUUGCCGGUGUGUCACUCGAGGGUUCUGUGUUGAUUGAGCGUCGAGACGCCAACAAGCGUCUUUAUCGCGGCGAUGUUACAGCGAAAAGCUUAUUGAACGGUCAAGUUCCUCAGCCAGCUGCUGCUGAUCCUCUUUAUCGUGUACUUAAUUCCCGCGUGUUCAACAGAGACUCCAUUAUCGGUGACGAUAUUUACAACGACAUACCCGUCUACGACGACACCGGGUCUGAUGAUCUUUGGGACAGUAGACCCAACAAUGGUAGUCGCACUUCUCAGCGACAAUCGCAUUAUACGCGAGACGAGUUGGAUGAUUAUGACAACCGAAACACCGGCCGCAGUGAUCUGACUUACUCGCGACGAAAUCGCUAUGAUAACGAUGUUGAUGAAGAUUAUGGUUUCGACGGCCCUUCAGCCAAGUCUCGUACGUUUGGUGAUUCUGCGACAGACAGCCUCAAGGGCAACAAGUCUUCAAUCGGAAGGUCCAAGUCAAUGUUUCAGUCCAAUUACCGGGACGCACCCGAUGAGGGGAGUAGCGACGAAGACGAUGCGUAUGAGGGACGCUAUGCCGCGCAUCGCUCAAACAGUGUUCGGGUGUCUGCACGUCCCGCUCGACCUUCCGCUCCAAAGCCUACGUUUGAUACAAAGCCAUUGGGCCCUAACCAAGUGAGAGCUGUCUUCCCCUUUUCAGGCGAGCAAGCUGGCGAUCUUACAUUCCAAAAAGGCGACAUUAUUGAUGUCGUUCAAAGAACAGAAUCCACGGAUGAUUGGUGGACGGGACGCAUUGGAACAAGACAGGGCAUUUUCCCGGCUAAUUACGUGAAGUUUGAUUAAGACUUUGCGUUUAUGUUUUCACGUUUCGUUUGCUUAACGUCUCUUCGUUGGACCUCUCCUUGCCUCUGAUUUUUCGGGUCCGCAUGUUGUGUAAAGUAUAAAGUCGUUUUUGGUCGAUGGUCAAAUUCGGCAAGCUUCAGUGUAUUGUUUCACUGAUUUUGUUCUCUGCUUCUUAAAAAUUGUUAAUUUCCUGCUGUUCGCAGAAUCUGUUAAGACAGUAAAAAGGACCGGUCAUUUGACCGGUACAACAUCAAUAGGUUUUAAUAAAAAAUCGAUGUUUAAGCAA